CCUCGGUAUGACAUCACUGCUGGACAAAGCAGCAAGGAGUGGUUUCUGUGUAGAGAACGGUCCCAAAUCAAUGGAACAUACCCACACAGUCUGAAAAAGCAUCCUAUAGCUUUAUCUACCGUCAAAACAAAAUAUUGUCGCGCCAGCAGCACUCCUACCAGAGCUCUGUCGUAAGGGGAAUGAACUACUCUGAAACAUAAAGUCGGCUGUGGUGGUCAGUGAAAAAGUCACCGCCGCUGGAUGCUUGGUGGUUUUUAAGUUUCGCCCUCCUAACAUGCGCUGUGUCUAAAGAAGUUGACCUGCAGUUCUAAUCCACUUUGGAAGACCAUGCUGCCCCUCCUGCUGCUUGCAAUCCUGGCCAUCCAAGCUAUGGCUGUGAUGGAAGUACAUGUACCAGAGCAGCCAGUGGUGGCGCUGCACGGCAGGGAUGCCACACUCAACUGUUCCUUCAGCCCCGCCACCCCCUUCAACCUGUCUGAUCUGACCGUCUUCUGGCAGCUGACAGACACCAAACGCAGUGUGCACGGGUACAGGGAGGGACACGACCAGCUGGCGGACCAGGCCGAGAGCUUCGCCAACCGUACCAGCCUGUUCCCCGCCCAGCUGGGCCUGGGCAACACUUCACUCCUGUUGAGCAGGGUGGCCGUGGCUGAUGAAGGCAGCUAUACCUGCUUCGUCAGGGUGCAGGACUACGGCAGUGCUGCCUUGCUGCUGCAGGUGGCUGCCUCCUACUCCAAGCCCGUUGUGACUUUAGAGCCUGAGUCCAAUCUGCGGCCAGGUGAUGAGGUGGCACUGACUUGUGUGGCUUACGGUGGUUAUCCUCAAGCUGACGUGAUAUGGCAGGAUGGGGGCGGGCGCAACCUGACAGACAAUAUCACCAAUUCAGUGGUGGCCAAUGAGGAAGGACUGUUCACUAUGACCAGCGUGCUGACAGUUGUGCUGGAGCCCAAUAGCACCUACAGUUGCCGACUGAUCAACUCACUCCUGGGCGAGGAGGGCUUCGCCUUUGUCACAAUUACAGGUCAGAACGUUGCAUUCCCUCCGGUGGCUCUGUGGGUAACUGUUGGCCUGGCUGUGUGUCUGCUGGUGCUGCUCAUUGCCCUGGCUGCUGUCUGCCGCAGGAAGAUCAAGGAGAGCUGCGAGGAGGCCAGGAGAGAAGCUGAAGAGGCCAAGGCGCUGGAAGAAGAGGAGUCAAAGACAGCCAUGACACUGCUGAAAAGCUAAGGCCAAGAGACUGAAGGAGUCGGGGCCAGACGGCGAGUAGGAGAUGAGUCUGGCGGGUAAUCCCACUCCACCUAUCCAUCAACCUGGAGACUAUUUCCAGCGUCCCCCUACAGAAUGUCAAAGCCUGGCUGAGCAGAAGAUGAGUCCAUCAUCUUCUUUCUAAGACUUUCCCUCGAGUUUCCAUCAAAACACAUAAACACAUCAUGUGCCAUUAUUUCCUAUUGCUGCCCCUCCCUCCCUCCCUCCCUUCUGUCAAUGGAGGGCCGUGGCAGUGAGCGAAUGCAGCUGAGUGGGUUGUGUUGUAAGCAGUAUGCAAAAGAGAAGCCCUGUUUGAAAACUACAGGACGUGACAGGAUCCUUUCUCUGUCACUGACAUCAUUCUGUAUGGGGCAUGUGCCAGAGAUCUCCUGUCUAAUAGGAAGUGAGACACUUAAAGAGAUGACCCUGUCUCAGUUGCCAUCACUGUCUCUCUGCCAGAGAGAGAGCUUGGCUCUGCCAUUAGUUCUGCACUUGCUAAUUAGCGUCUGUCGCUGGAGUAACUUGUACCUGUCAGUGUGUGCCUCUCUCUUAUAUUCAGUAACUUGAGGGAAUUGAAAUUGAACGCCAGCUAAGCUCCAACAAACUGCAAAUGGUCCAUGGGAUACACCAUGAUUUUCUCACUUACCUGACAGCCUUAUAUGUAAGAAAUUGUUUUUAAUGAACACAGACUAUCUCAGCUAGUUUCAACUGCUUGUGUGGGAUGUUGUAUCUUUUCCAAGAUAGGGGCCGUACAGGUUGUUUUACUACAUUUUUUAGGUACUUGAGCAAGUCCUAGUGCCAUAUGUCCAUGUAUGAAUGCCAAAGCCACCACUAACCCAGUGCCUAUUUACAUUAAAGAGACAUUGUGAAACUGC